CACAAGCAUCAUCUAACAACUCCUCCUCUCUUAUCCUUCUUGAAAGCUUGGAAGAUGAGUACCUCAUGGCUUCCUCUGUACACACACACUGCGGCUGCAACCGCAAGACAGUAUCCAACUCGAACAAAGUUAGCAUCAUACAACUCAACUUCCAGAAAGCUUUAUGGCAACACUUUGUCAUGCAGGGCAGCUUCUUCAAUUAGAGACUUCGAUCUAUAUGAUCUUUUGGGCAUCGACAGCUCCUCCGAUUCAUCACGGAUCAAGGCAGCCUACCGCGCCCUCCAAAAGCAGUGCCACCCCGACAUCGCCGGACCUGCUGGCCAUGACAUGAGUAUCAUUCUCAAUGAAGCAUAUUCACUUCUGUCGGAUCCUAGUUCUAGGCUGGCUUAUGAUAAGGAGCAAGCGAAAGUGGCAGAACUUCGAGGUUACACAGGGAAUCCAGUUUAUUCAGUGUGGCUCGGGUCGCAAAACGAACAACGGGCGGUUUUUGUAGAUGAAGUGAAAUGUAUUGGCUGCUUGAAAUGUGCUUUAUUUGCCGGGAAAACCUUUGCUGUCGAAUCUGUGUAUGGGAGAGCUAGAGUUGUGGCACAGUGGGCUGAUCCUGAAUAUAAAGUGAUGGAAGCUAUUCAAACUUGCCCAGUCGACUGCAUUUCGAUAGUGGAAAGGUCAGAUUUAGCAGCCUUGGAGUUCUUAAUGUCAAAGCAACCGCGUGGAAAUGUAAGAGUUGGAAUGAGCAACGCAGCUGGUGAACGAGUGUCGAAUAUCUUCACAGACGUGAAGAAAUUCCAAGCCAGAUUCAAGGAGGCUAUGGAGAAAGCUUCAAAAGAGCAUUCCAAGGGGGCAACCUUUGAGAAUGAAGCCCAGUUGGCUGCAAUUCAGACCAUCAGAUCAAUCUCAAAUUGGCUAUUUUGGCAGACAGCCACGCCGGCUGGACCUGGAUCAAAACAGGGCCAAAACCUGACGCACAUCGCCACCAAAUGCACACCAGAAAUCAACAGGCUUCAGGCUGCUGUUACUGCAAGGAAACAAAUCAGGGCAAAAGCUGAAGACAGAAAUAGAGCUACAGAAAAACAUAUAUACAAGGAUGAUUACUGGGUUCCGACCACUCUUGCACUUCCAACCUCAACUCAAACUCCAAACAGCACAAUCUCAAAGUCAAGAGUGGAGACCAAACCCACCAAAGAACCAAGAGGCCUUGGUGAUGGUGGUCAUGUUAGCCCCAUGAGGUUGGCAUUACCAGUUUCGAUAUCGAUAAUCGCAACUGCUGCGAUUCAGCAAAUGAUGAGAAAUGAUGGUGCCAGCAGCUUAAAGGAACACGUUGGCGGUUCUAUGGCUCUAGAGUUAGUUAACAGUCACUGGAUGCAGGUUAUGCUAACAGGCGUCACUUGGUAUAUCAUUGGGAUGGUUGUAAUGGGAAUGGUAGAAAUGAUUGGAAGAAAGAUUAGGCAUUGAGAAAUACACAUGUAGCAAGGCUAUCCAGAUGAUAGAAGUUGCAUACAUAGCUAUAGCUGUACAGUAAUAAAAAUGGAAAAAGACAUGACAGAAUUAAGAAGCAGAGUGUAUUAGACAUGGUAAACAAACUUUAUUUUUGUGUAUCAUACCCAUUUGCUCACAAA